GCGUGGUGCUGCACGCAGCGACUCCUGGCAGAUUGCUGGGCUGCCUGCAGAGCGGGGAGGCAGCAGCUAAUCCUCCUAAGGAUGAUUUUCCUCUUGCAGUAUUUCUUCCUGCUGGCCACAGACCUAGUGCUGGCCAUGACCCUUUCCUGCCUCUUUUAUGCCUUCGCGUGCGUGUCCAUCGCGCUGCUGACCUGCUGCGUUAUCGUCUUCUCCUUCGGCACCGCGGAGAGGAGCGCCCACGUGAAAGGGAGAGCAAUUGUAAUUCUUGUGUCCAACAGCUCCAUUGGGAGGAUGUUUGCGAGGAACCUGGACAGAGCAGGAUUCGGGGUGUCUGCUGCACACUGGUCUGCUCCAGAGGAGAGGACAGUGACAGAAGAGUGCUCGUUGAACAAGGAGGUAGCCCAGCUGCACCUGACUGAAGAUGAGUAUCAGAAGACAGUGAAAACCUUCAUAGAAAGCCACUUAUCCCUGAAAGAGGAAAGAGCCUGCUUUGGUGGCUGUGAAAGGCCCCAGCAGACCCCAGUCCCUGAAGGAAGGCAAAGUAGGCCAAGGAAGGAGGGGGAGAAGGUCCUAUCAAGGCACAGAGGGCUGGACUUGCUGUGAGAAGAAAACACAGAAAUGAACAAUGGGGAGCAAAGCCCAGACAGUGACCUGAGGUGAUGGAACGUGUCUGACCUUUAACCUCUUCUGGACUACAAAGGAACUCAACUGAGCUCCCUCUUGACUUCUUGGCUGCUGUGGGAUUCCUAAGAGUCAGGCCAGAGCUUUGUGUGGCAGGCUGGGACAGUGUCCCUGAGCCAUGCUGCCAUUGUUUCUGUGGGAAUACAGGCAGCCUGCAGAGCUCACCUGGGACAGCAGGGACAAGUGUCCUGCCCAGGGCAGGGCUGUAAGCACUGCUGGGCAAUCUGCCCAGCCCUUCCCAGCUCAAGGUGCCAGUGGGAAGGCUGGCUCAUGCCCUGCUGAGCAUGAGGAGGGGAUCCCAGCACACCCUGCUGGGAUCCAGGAGUCCCUGUCCCCACAGCCAUCCUUUUACACCUCUUGGGAGUGACAGAGAACUCAGCCUCAGCAAUCAGGGCUGUACCCUCAUUGCCCUCAGGGUUACAAGGGAAGAGGCCAACCCAAGGGCCCUCUGAGCUGCAAAGCUCUCUCCUUCCCCAUACCGCCUCCCUCCUUCUCCAUCUCCAUCCCUCUCCUCCUUGCUCCCUCUCUGUGGUGUCUCCAAGGCUCCCUUUGGGCUCUCCCCAGGGCAGCCUCUGCUCGCUCACACCGAGCUGGGAUCUCAGAGAGCACCCCAUCUCCCCAGGCCAAGUGAGAGCCUUGGUACUGCUGCCCAGCACUGCAGAGGAAGGCCCCUGGCAGGUCAGAGCAGGCAGCAGGAAGCCUCCCACCCUGCGGACGCCCUCGGAGGGGCAGUAGGGACCCCCAUGCUGUGCCUGCUGCUGCCUGCAGCUGCUCAGGACAGCUCCCUCACAGUGCCCUUCUCCUCAGAAGCACCCAGCACACCAGCAGUGCCUCUGCAACUCUGCACGGGCCAGGAUGCAUCCCCAAGUCACUGCCUGCCUGCAGGCUCCACAAGGGGCUCCCUGCACCCCAGCAGUGGCUUUCAGACCGAGUGCUCAGCUGCCUGCAUGAGCAUUUAGGCUCCUUUACCCCAGGAAAAUUACUCUGGUGAAACCUUCUCGUGUGGACAAGGCCUAAAAGCUCCCCUAGCUGAGUAUCAGCAUAAUCCUGCUCUGGAAAUGAACAGCAGAGGCUUUCUUAUCCAGUAAUGAUCUGUGGGAGCUGGUGAUGUCUGUGGGCCUGUGCUGCUCUAAUUGAAUGAGGCUCCAGCACAGUGAUACCUGUCUUUUUUUGCUCUUGACUAGUUUGCUCCCCCUGCUAGUUAAAGGCUUUUGCAGGUGUCAUGUUGUUUUGGCAGGGUGAUCUGUCAUAGGAUCCGUGAGGUUUUACAUUUAGGAUCUCCUGCAUAAUAUUCACAUCACAAAUGUGGAUGUUGAAAUGUAUUUCCCAAGUCCUGACCCAAUUGCAUGGCAGAUCAAAGCAGUAAGUUGGGAGGGGAAAAAUAAAGAAAAAUAAGAGAAAAAUAAAAAAGAUAAAGAAAACCUCA